AUGGGUAUCAAAGAUGAGGAGAAUGACAAGAAGCGAGAUGAUGAGAUCUCUAAGUCUGCCGAGUGUUGCAUAGUUUGCGAAACGGCGGAACCUGAUGAGUGGAUACAGUGUGAUGUUUGUGAUAAAUGGUCUCAUAUGGGAUGUUUGAGUGUAUCUAGAUUGGAGUUGAGAGAUUUCGUCGAGUUCUACUGUCAACAGUGCGAGCCCACCCACGGCCCCUCUGUUCGGCGCGAUUCCAAAAGGCGUAACAAACUUCGUCUAAAUUAUGCAGCGUUAAACAACGGAAUCGUACAAAUUGAAAACACGCACAGUCAUGUACAAGUAUUCAAGUCGGGCAUGUUUGAGGCUGCCCAUUUCCCAGAGGUUUCAGAGCUGAGCGGGGUUUAUGAGACGCCAGUCAUUGCACGAUCAGAAAACUCAUCGAAUUUGAAUAUGAAAAUGCCUAGCGGCUUGACCCCGAGGAAAGUGGCACAAAUCAUCGGUGAAGAUUAUCCUGUACCCGUUAUGGAUGUUGUCACCCAGAACAAUUUGCCAGGUUGGACAGCAGGAAAAUGGGCUGAUUAUUUCGAGACUCCGGAAAAAAAUCGUGAUAGAGUGCUAAAUGUAAUCAGUCUGGAGUUCUCGGGAACAAAAUUAGAAGGAUUGGUCCAGCGCCCAGCGUAUGUCGACAAGCUAGAUCUUGUGGACAAAAUCUGGCCGGUAUCUGAGACCAAAAAGCGCCCUAAAGUCAAGUACUAUUGUCUGAUGGGAACCGCAGGGUGUUUUACUGAUUUCCAUGUCGACUUUGGUGGAACGUCGGUGUUUUACCAUGUGGUUUCAGGCCAGAAGUCUUUCGCAUUCAUUGAGCCGACGAGUGAUAACCUGUUGAUUUACGAAAAAUGGUGCAAAAGCGAAGCCCAGGCAACCACACUGCUUUCAGAUCUAGUCGACAAAUGCGUCGUGGUGAAUCUAUUCCCUGGCGAUACAAUGAUUAUACCUUCGGGCUGGAUUCACGCUGUUUAUACCCCCAAGGACGCGGUUAUUCUAGGCGGGAAUUUUCUAACACUGGAAAAUUUGGCUUCCCAACUAAGAAUUGAAGCUCUUGAGUAUCGUACUAACGUUCCGCAGCGGUACACGUUCCCCAACUUCAGAAAAACAGUGUGGUAUGCCGCGAAAUACAUUGCUCAGAACUCUGAUAUUUAUCCGGGCCAGCCCACUAUCGAAUUGAGCAAGCUUUUGAAAGGUUAUUUGUUUGAAAGAGAGGGCUGCUCCUUACCGAAAGAUAUCGAUACUCAAGAAAUUCUCAGUUUCCUUAAGGUUUGA